UUGCGUGCUAAAUGUCAUCUUAACAAUUAAUUACGACAUAACCACAAUUAACGAUUUGUUUUCGCUGUGGGCCAAACAAUCGUCGAACUUUGAGUAACAUGCAAUAAUGACGGAAACAAGUAAACACUUCCUGGUGGAGUGUAUAAGUGAAGUUAACAUCCUAAUUAAGAAACCUUUGCAACAAACGUUGCGAAUUAAAUUCACUACAUUUGAUGUUUCUAUUAACUAUCUAGUUUUUGGAGCUACUAGUGGCGGAAUUUAUGUUUUCAAUCGAAAUAAACUCGAUUUUUUAAAACUGGUACCAUCUAAAGAAGGUGCAAUUUUAAAACUACUAAUAUGCCCAGAAGAGAAGUAUGUGUUGGUAGCAACUUCAAAGGGAUUUAUAAUCCUAGUAGAAAAUUGUUUUACUGAAUCAACUAUUAGAUACCAAAUAUUUCGAGAACAUGAAGGUUGCACAAUUACCGAUAUAAUAUGGCACUGCAAUGAGAUUUAUUGUGGUGACAACAAAGGAAAAGUUUCUGUGAUCUCUAUAAACAGCCUUCUUUCCAAAGCAAUAUUCCAAACACCUACAGCUGUAUUAAUGCAUCUGGAUUCCACAAUAUGUCAACUAGAUGCCUGUGGAAGGUUACUACUAGUCUCCACCAAAACCAAAACAUUCUUAUGUGAUACUGAGGCUGAACAAUACCGACAAAUCGGUAAGAAACUCCGCGAUGGCGAUUUUGGCGCCUGCUUCUUUGCGGAGAAUCCCGACUGGUUUGCCAAAAACGUAGAUCGAGAAAAGAAUCGUUUCCGGUUUGUUAAAGACGACGAAAGUUUUCCAACCAGCGCAUCGUUAGCAUCGAGUCCUGCUGCGAGAAUAUACUGUUCUCGACCGGGUUUCCGCAUCUGGGAAGCAAACAUUGAUGGAACUGUCAUAUGUACCUACCAAUUUAAAUCUGCCUUACAGGAAAAUGUCACCGAGAGCAUUUGCCUCGACAGCGACGCAAAUUCUCGCCUUAAAGUUCGCAAAAUGACGCUAAAUCACUUCGAGAACUUCGGUCGUUUACUCAUGGUGCAAGACCAAUUCCUAAUUACCUACUGCAAGAACAAUCUAGUCAUAUUCGAUAAACAGGGUAUUCACGUUGUGUUCGUGUACGAAAUGCGAGACAUCACCGACGUAAAAAUCAUCCACAAUUAUAUUUAUUUAUGGAACAAAAAAGAUAUGCGCGUAAUAGCAUUAAUGGAGCUGGAAGUGUUGCUCUUGAAAGUUUUAUCUGCCAGACAGUACUUGCUUUGCACUGAAUUAUGUUUAAAACAUAAAGAUCAAGUACUUCAACUUAUACAAACGCACGAUUCACUGCGUUCAUUGCAUGUUUUAAAAGAUAAGUGCAAACAAGGCGAAGAGUCAAAAAGUCUGGAGGUGAUAUUUAAGUCGAUUGAGCGUCGUUUACAGAAUAAUGAAACAAAUUCCAUGCCGGGUUCGCAUAUAGUUACAGUAGAAAACGGUCAUUGUGAAUAUGCAGAACCCUCUUGUUCGUACGUCAACAAAGCGAAGUCAAUUCGCAAAAGCAAUACGGUCCAUCCUACUAACAUCCAAUUAAAACCGGUCGAACCAACACGUGAUCCGCAUUAUAUUAAUAACAUUUUGUACAAACAGUAUCAAGUCAAUCAAUUGUACGACAAUAUUGAAACAGCCCAACUACACGAGCUUCUUUCAUCCAGAGACAAUCUGGAUGAAAUCGUUGUUUUGUUUGAAAAGUUUAUUGAAUACGUGAGCGACAACGCGCUGGAGAAAGACAAUAAUAAUGUACGUAAUUGGUGCUAUCAUCAGUAUCUGAAAUUUAUAAACCAAAAACGCGAUCGAAUCGAAAGUUUGGAUACAGAUUCACGCGCAAUGAAAACACUUUCCGAGGCUUUAAAAAGUUUGAGUUUUUAUCGCAAUAAUAAGCGAGAUAAUGGCGUGAAGAGUUUGUGUGAUUGCGGUUUUCCGUUACCAUUGGCUGAUGGAAUGACUGAUGAAUAUUUACCUUUAGCUCGACUUGUUUAUUCGAAGUUAUCCACAAUAGACCGUGAGCAGUUAUUGCUCCAGUUUCCUAUGUUGUGGAAGUUAAAGAUUGAUGAAAUGAAUGAUUUACCAGCGUUGGUCAUUCAAUUGAGUGAUCCCGCACUGUUUCAAGAAAAAUCAGAAUGUUUUACGCCUGAUAACUGGAACGAUUGUACUAUUCUACUGGUUAAACUCAAACGAGGAAGAUGCCUUAACUGCGACAAUAUUAUAGACACACGUGCAGCGAUGACUUGGAAAGAGUUUGCGCUCAUCAUGCUGAAGCGAGUGGGAGGGCUACAAACAACACGAAUACUUAAAAAACACGCAAAACAUAUUCCAAAUUCCGAAUUGGGAUAUGAAUUCUAUCAGAGUUGUCUAUUUAGUGCUGUGAGUAAAGAAAACGGCAAGUCAUGCGACUUUAUGUCGAAUGUAUUAACCAGUACUCGAUUGGAGAAUCAAUUCGAAGAUGGCCUCCGUGCGUAUUUGAACCAAAAACAUUUAGGGAAGCCGAAUCUGAGCGGAAUGUUAGACGUAAUGGGCACCAAAUGCAGUGUGUGUAAUUUGUUGAUAAAUAAUGCAAUUCUCGAAGGCAGCACGCGUCUGAGCUGCGGCCAUUUGUUUCACAAACUGUGCCUCGAAUCUGUUAGCGGUAUUUGUUCGGUGUGCAUGCGAGUACCAAAUUGAUGCAUGCGCGUCUAUAUUAUGAUGUUAUAAUAUGUAUAAUGAUGUUACUGUAAUAAGGUGAAUGUGAACGCCGAAAAUAUAAACAAUUUGAUAUA